AUUUGGCACAGGGAGCUGUACCCUUGGUAUAUAAGACAGAUAAUUUAGUUCCGUAAUGUAAAAAAAAAAUUCCCAGUCAAGACGUUUGGUGAAAAGAACUAUUAAAUACACAUGGGCAAUACUUUAUACUAAAUACUAUUGAUGCCUUCAGAGAAACGCUAGUCAUGGCCAGCAAAACUAACAUACCUAUUGUUUUAAUUGCUGCGUUAUACGCUUUAUCUUUAAACCAAUGUACACUUUGUCAAUUUAUUGAUUGUGGCGGGGAACUGUCUGACCAAGCAGGGGUGAUAACCUCUCCAAACUACCCAAACAACUACCCAGAUAACUCUUCAUGUCAGUGGCAUGUAUCAGUAGCCUCAAACCAGGUCGUCAGUUUAAGAUUUAGUCGCUUAGACUUAGAUAGAUACAAUGAUCAAAACUGUAUGGAUUAUGUCACAUUCUUUGAUGGACCCAGUCAACAAUAUCCACGGGUAGGCGAGACAUACUGUGGUUACAAUAAUGAAGAAAGUACAUUGGGUAUUCUAAUUCGAUCUACUGGCAAUACAUUGACAGUAGUCUUCCAAUCUGACAGCUUAGGAUCAAGAACUGGGUUCAGUGCUUCAUAUAGAGCCAUUGACUGCGAGCCUUUCACUUAUGGUUAUGAAACUUGUAACCAGAACUGUUCUUGCAUCAAAGCAAAUACUGAUUACUGCAAUAAUAUAGAUGGACGAUGUAUGUGUAAUGCUAACUGGACAGGUUGGGACUGCUCCGCCCUUAUUGACCGCUGCCAAGACCCGAACAUUUGCAGUGACCUGUAUGCCACGUGCGUUAAUAUUCCAGGAGGGUAUGAAUGCAGGUGUAAGCCUGGAUUAGCCAAAAACAGCACUGGACAUUGUGCAGAGCUUAAAAAAUGUACCCAAAAACAAUGCUCUCAUUAUUGUGGUCUAACGGAAACAAAUCCACAAACUGAAACAUGCCAUUGUCCGAAGGGAAUGAAACUGGGAAAUGAUACAAUCACAUGUGUUGAAUGUUCUGACUGGUACUACGGAGAUGACUGCGCCCACUACACUCAGUGUUAUCCAUCCAGGACUGAAUCCUAUAACAAAACCAACGGCCUUUGUCACUGUUUCCUGAACUGGCAAUCCACGUACUGUGAAGAGGACUUCAACGAGUGUACAUUUAUAAUGCAGCCUUGUGUCCUGGAGAAAGAUCACGCCCAAUGCUACAACACCUAUGGAUCAUUUGAAUGUCGGUGCUCCCCAGGAUUUGAACCAAUCAAUGAAACGACAUGUGACGAAUGCGGAAAGGUUUUCACAGCAACUUCGGGAACAAUUAAUUCCACCUCUCAUUUAGUGGACAGGAAUGUCAGUCAAGAUUGUAACUGGACCAUAUCUGCCCCUGUAGGACACGUGAUUUCAUUGAGGUUUCUGGCGAUGAACUUGUGUUAUUGGUGUUGUAGCUAUGUUUACAUCUAUAACGGGAAUCACACGAACUCCGUUAUAUGGAGCGGAUCGUAUUGGCCCAGUUCAAAUUUGGUUAGGUCGUCUGGCAAUGAAAUGUUAAUUGUGCAAUACCCAGAUUGGUGCGAUAACAGGCGUGAUUUCAUCGGAUUUACAGCCUCGUUUUGGACACACGAAUGUCCUCCCAACAUGUACGAUGAUAACUGUUCAACACCCUGUUCCUGUGACGUCAACAACACCAUCGGAGGGUGUAACAGCAUCACUGGAUACUGCCCAUGCAAGUCAGGAUGGACAGGCAGUGACUGCUCUGUAGACAUUGACGAAUGUUCCCAGAACUAUUUUCUUUGCCCAGACUAUUCCCGUUGUCACAAUCUACCAGGCAGCCACGAGUGUCGAUGUAAACCUGGACUCGUCAUGGGCUCCAACAACGUUUGCAUCUAUGAUAUAAACUCCACAAACUGCACCACAAGAAACUGCUCACACAUGUGUGUCAACUAUACGCCAGUAAACAAGACCUCCCCAGUAGAUCAGUGUUAUUGUCCAAUAGGCAAGGAACUGGCCGGUGACCAAUGUAUCGAUUGCACCGAUUGGAAAUAUGGACCUGACUGUGAACUAAGCACCAGCUGUUUUAGAAAUCAUACAGCGAAAUACAACUCCUACAAUGGUCAAUGUUUUUGUUAUCCUAACUGGACAGAUGCCUAUUGCGAAUACGACUUUGAUGAGUGUUACUAUGGGACAUACACCUGCCAGCCUCACGCAUUAUGUUCCAAUACAUAUGGCGGCUACGUGUGCUAUUGUAAUGAACAAUAUGGUUACAUUGAAGUAACAAAUUCAACAUGCGAACAUAUCGAUUGCAAAAAGACAUUUACCAAUGAAACCGGCGCUAUCAUCAAUUACUUUUACAAUAGAUGGUUUGUUAUACAAAACUCUAGUUGCUCAUGGCUAAUCAGUGUUAGAAGUGACUAUGUCAUAUCUCUCAGAUUCUCAACAUUCUACAUAGAAAGUAGCUAUGGCUGUCAAAACCAAUAUUUUGAAAUAUAUGAUGGUAAUAGCGCUUCAAGUCGUCGCAUUGGCCGUUACUGUGGCAGUGGCAUCCCCAAUGUCAUCCGAACAACAGGGAAUAAUAUGCUGGUUACAUAUGUUUCCUAUUCCAGCUAUUAUAACUACUAUUAUUACGGAAACUUUUAUGCAACAUACACAUCACACACCUGUCGAAACUUUACGUAUGGAAAGGAGUCCUGUGAUAAAAACUGUCGCUGCGUGAAAGAAAACACUCAGUUCUGUGACAACAUUAAUGGAGAGUGUAUCUGCAAGCCGGGCUGGACGUCUGGAGACUGUUCUGUUGAUGUGAAUGAAUGUCUGGGCACCAACAACAAAGUCUGCCCACCAAAUUCUGACUGUGUCAAUACUAAAGGAAGUUACAGGUGCAACUGUCACUUGGGGUACAAGUUUAAUGUGACCACUGCAAAGUGUGAAGAAAGCUCUGACUGUGUUGUAAAACCCUGCUCACACACGUGUUACGUCAUCAGUCCUGGUAAUGAGCAAUGUGUUUGUCCUGAUGGCCUUAAACUUGAUGAAGGGACCAAUACGACCUGUGUUGUUCCAUACUAUCCCUAUGGCAUGGAAGUCGGAGAUUCACUACUUUCAGACGACUAUGUUUCUGUUGGCUCAAUCCAUGUCAGUAAACCUAUACAGUUCAGUACUGGAGCCCCAUUCGGCAAUCAGUACCAAACAUCAGCAUUUAUUUUCUCAAAUGGAGUUAUAGGUUUCAAUGACUACAUGUUCACAAUAGGUGGCAUCACAGAUAUCGGUAAACUCACCAACCUAAACAUUGUUGCUCCAUAUUUGACCAAUAUCAAUCCAAAACUUGGCCACGUCUAUUACCACCUUUAUGACACGUUUGGGAAUCAAUUUGAAGAUGUUGUACAAAAAUUUGACAAUCCAAAGAUGGCUGAAAUAUUGACAAGAGCCAAGAAGGAUGUGACAGAGUAUCGUGGCUUAGUAGAUUUUAAAGUCAACAAUGUCUUAAUAACUACUUGGGUUAAUGUACAACCAUUUUCUCUAAAUAAUAAAGCGUCAGAAGUGAAUACUUUCCAAGCAAUUUACAUCAGUGGUUGGGAGACUGCUAAAAUAUUUGGGCAGACUAUAGCUUUGGAUGAAGAAUCUGCUUAUGUAAUCUUUCUUUAUCAAUAUGGAAAGAUGAAAUGGGACCAUGUGCCAGGAAGGGUCGUAAGCAUUGGAACCACGGGAACAAACUUAAAUAUUCUCAAAGAUUUAAACACACCACUAGUAGCGAUGCUGGACAGAGUUCCUGGAAACACUGGCUAUAAAGGAGUUGUCAGCUUUGAAGUAGGCAGAGUUUAUGGAAAUGCUCAGUCUUGUAACAGAUAUGUCUGUGAUAAUGUUAACUUUCUAAACAAUGGAAGAUACCAACAUGAGAAAAAUGAAUUGUAUAGAUGCCCAUGCACUUUGGAAAGGCUUGGUAACCAAUGGCAGUUGUUUGAAACACGAGGACUGUCUCAUAAAAUUUACUGCUAUGCUAUUAGCCCUGUUGCAAAACGCAGACUACUCAGAAACAACAUAAGGAAUGAGCUAUGUUGCUAUAAAUGGGUUAAACCAGAGAGUGAUGAUUGGAAAGAAUGGUUAAGAACCUGGAGAGAAGCCACCUACUUGCCACCAUCACCAAACUCUGGGCACAUUCUAGUCAGAGACCCCUGGGACUACAACUAUUUUGCCAUUGAAAACUUGUACAUGCAUCAGAUGUGUUGUAACAGUAAAGAGAAAUACUGUAACAGGUUCUACAAACUGUUCUCUGACAUGGGGUGUUCUAACUUUGUAACCUUUGUUCCCCGAUCAGCACUCGGUGAUCCGCAUGUUACUACCAAUGAUGGUGUUACUUAUACUAUGAAUGGAUGGGGAGAAUACAUUCUUUUAUGGAUCUUCAGUCAAGAAUUUAGGCUUCAGUGUCGAACUGAGCCAGCUGAAGGAUUGAAUGGUACACUAACUAAUGCCACAAUAUUUACAGCUUUUGCUGUUAAAGAAUCCAAUUAUUCAAGUUUUCAAGUAGAGUUAUCAGCAUCAAAAAAAUCAAUGAUAAUAAUGGCCGGAGGCAUUGAUGUUACCACAGAGUUCUAUAAAGAAACCCAGCCUGGUAUUAUAGUCUCUACAGAUACACUCAGUGUGACCAGAGAAUACAGUAAUAAUAAAACUAUGGUAGUGGCUGGAUUCCCAUCAGGUGUAUCUAUUAAAGUGUACAUCGCUGCCAAAAGUCUUUUGAUAGAAUACAAUGUGCCAAACGAUUAUGAGAACUUAACUGUAGGAUUACUUGGAAAUUUUAAUGGAAACACUGAUGAUGAGUUUACUCUACCAAAUGGAACAGUUCUGCCCAGAAACAGCAGUGAAAGAGAAAUAUACCAUUACUUUGCUAAAGCCUGGGCAGUGAAUUCUUCAACCAGUGUAUUUAGUUAUCUCCCUGGAGAGAGUACAGAAACCUACCAACAUCCAGAGUUUGAACCAUUCUACAGAGAUGAAGCUGAUCCUACUGCAGUGGCCAAGGCUAAAGAACUCUGUGGAGAAACUAAUGAUGCUUGUAUAUUUGAUUACCUCGUAACUGGGGACAAGGAGUUUGCCACAACAACAAAAGUUGCCAAAGAAAAAAUGGAUGCAGUCAUUAUAAGCUUAGCCAACAUACCACCAACACUUAAGAUACAGAAUGAAAGCCUGGAUAAUAAUGGAUUCUGGUUUGUUAAAAAUGGAACAGUUUCAAUAUUACAAGUUUUAGUUGAUGAUAUUGAUGGAGACACAGUCAGCAUUGAGAUUCUAGUCAAUACAACUGGACUCAGUGUCAAUAGCACUGGGUUUAUUUCUUAUUUACCUAAUGCUAAGCAGCCUAUCUCUUUGAGAGUGCGAGCAGUAGAUUCUAAAGGCAGCUACUCUCCAGACUUGUAUAUCCCAAUCCUUGUUUGUCCUCAAUGCAAUGAUCAUGGUACUUGUGACACCAAGAAUGUUAGAGACGAGUAUGAAACUGGAAAAUUCAAAGUUCUAUCUUGUAGUUGUCCGGCAGCAUACACAGGCAAAGACUGUGAGUCAGAAGCGGAUGGUUGUGCCAGUCAGCCCUGUUUUAAAGGACAGACAUGUACUGAUCUAACAGCAGCUGAACAAGGAAAUAGUACCAUAGGAUACAAGUGUGGUCCUUGUCCUUCUGGGUUUCAGUCCUCAAUGGACACCUGUGUAGAUGUAGAUGAGUGUUUGAAUAAUAAAACAUGUGAUCAUACAUGCGUGAAUACAGAAGGUUCCUUCGUUUGUAGUUGCAGAAAUGGAUUUAGACUUGAUGCUACUGAUAAGAAAACAUGUAAAGAUAUCAAUGAGUGUGAGGAGAGGUCCUCCAACUGCUUACAUAAGUGUAGCAACACAGAUGGAAGCUAUACCUGUUCUUGUUAUACAGGAUACACACUGGAUCCUGAUGGAUACACAUGUAACAUAGAUGAUUCUAUCAAAGAGAAGUGUUAUGACUGUCAACAAGUUUGUAUCACUGGUGAGAAUGUGACCUGUGGGUGUAGACUGGGAUAUGAACCAAAUCCAAAUUCUAUCAAUGACUGUCAAGAUAUAGAUGAGUGUAAAUAUGGUAACCAGCCUUGUAGCCAGCAGUGCAACAAUUUAGAUGGUUCCUAUGAAUGUUUAUGUUAUACUGGGUACAAACUGUCAUCAGACAAAGUCUCAUGUUCUGCUUGUGAGACUCCUUACUAUGGCAACAACUGUGCCAGUACCUGCCAGUGUAAUGGACGUGGAACAUGUAAUGCCAUCCGAGGCUGUGUGUGUAAUGAGCACUGGUCAGGGGAGAACUGUGAGAUUGAUGUGGAUGAAUGUCUCCAGCCCACAGCUUGUGCUGAGGGUCUAGUCUGUAGGAACACAGUAGGAGCAUUCAAAUGUGUUUGUCCAACAGGAUACAAGAUGAACAACACACAGUGUAUAGACAUCAACGAGUGUACAGACCCAACAGUCAACACAACAUGUGAUCUAAAUGUUCAAGUCUGUGUGAACAACAUUGGCAGCUACAGCUGUGAUUGUAAGAAGGGAUAUGCCAGGAAUAAUGAAGGCUUUUGUAUAGAUAUUGAUGAGUGUAGCACUGGCAUAGAUAAGUGUGAACAGUCUUGUGAGAACAAAGCAGGAAGUUUUAAUUGCCUGUGUUAUCAAGGUUACAUGUUAGAUGAUGACAGGAAGUCUUGUAUUAAAGUCAAAGAUCCCUGUGUCUCCUCAAACCUGACCUGUAGCUAUGGAUGCAGAAUAAAUUCUAACGAUGAAUAUGAAUGUUUUUGUCCAAGGGGCUUCACUCUGAGAGGUCAAGAUAAAUGUGAAGAUAUUGAUGAGUGUGCCUUAAGUGAAACAAACUUGUGUUCCAACAAAAAUGGUUGUAUCAAUACAAAUGGAAGUUUUGUUUGUUCUUGUGAAGUUGGCUUUAAGCUGGACAAUGAUAACAGAUCUUGUGUUGCUUGCAACAGUGGAACAUGGGGUCUACAGUGUGCAAACAGUUGUGCCUGUGGGCUUGGAGCUGAUCAUUGUGACAGUAUAACUGGAUGUGUUUGUAAAGCUGGAUACACAGGUAAACACUGUGAAAGUGACAUAGACGAAUGUAAAAAUGGUAAACUUCAAUGUAACAGUACUGAGAAGUGUCUGAACCUACCUGGCACUGCUACCUGUAAAUGUCAGGAUGGAUAUGAAAGAAUUAAUGGCUUAUGUCUAGAUAUCAAUGAAUGCAGUAGUGUCCUUACCAAUAACUGUAGUCAAGUGUGUACAAACACUGAAGGAGGCUAUGAAUGUUCCUGUUAUGCUGGAUAUAGCUAUGACAGUAAAACAUUCACUUGUAAUGAUAUUGAUGAGUGUAAUCUUCCAACUUCUAAAUGUGAACAGUUGUGUAUCAACACUGAAGGAAGUUAUCGUUGCUCUUGUACAUCAGAUCUUAUCUUAUUAGCUGAUGGAGUCUCCUGUAGAGCCACACUCCCUUGUGUCAACAAGACAGACUGCAGCAAUGAUUGUGCUCUGAUCAAUGGAACUGACACUUGUCUUUGUCCUAGAGGAACAAAAUUGGCUGCAGAUGGGAAAACUUGUCAAGAAUGUGGGCCAAACUUCUAUGGACCAUCUUGUGCUUUGAUGUGUCAGUGUGAAUCAGGAUGGAAGUGUGACAGUGUCAAUGGAUCAUGUUACAACAAUUUAGUUAGUACUACACAGACAACUACUGCUAGCCAGUCUUGCAUUUCUGCCACCUGUAACGCCAACAAACAUGAACUCUGUGUGGACAAAACAUCAGGCUAUGAGUGUGUGUGUAAAUUAGGCUUCAUGAGAGCCAACACCAAUCUGGAGUGUACAGAGAUCUCCUCCUAUAACUACACUCUCACUUUUGGCUGGGACAUGUCCAAUGUAAAUUUAGACAAAGAUAGUGAGGACCACAAGAAGGUGAAAGAUGAAUGUGAGACUCAGAUGACCAAAUCAUUAAGAGAGAAAAAAGUGGAUGUUGUCUUAUUUUCCAUAACAAAUCUCAGUAAAGGAAGCUUGAUUAUAGACUUUACAUUAUUUAUCAACAAAAGUUCCUCCAGUAAUUCUGUGAGCAGUUUGACUAUUGCACUGAAUGCAAUCAAGUCAGAAGGAAUCUUUCUCAAUGGCAGCAAAAUAUUCAUAACAAACUUUAUACUGAAUGAUGCUCCCAAUGUGUGUGAUGUAAGACAGCAGUCUAACCCAUGCAGGUCUUCAGAAGUAUGUCAAGUUCAGGAAAACAAAGCUGUGUGCAUACCAGUGGAAACAAGCAAUGAUUUGAAUUUGGGACUGGCUAUAGGACUACCAUUGUCAAUUGCCUUUUGUGCUGCUGUUGUUAUUGCCAUAGUUGUGUGCAAAUGUAUUAAAAGCAAAAAGGCAAGAAUAAUGUCUUCAACAGAAUUUUUUCAUCGGAGAAAUAGACAAGAGGAUAGUUUGUAUGAAGUCUACAAGGGAGAUCAACAAAGUCUUGCUGAUCCAAAAAGUACAGAGUACUUAAAAGGCUGACAAAAGACACCUCUUUUUUAUUUCAUUUUCCCCAUUAUUUGUUUUUCUUUUUUACUGUAUGAAAAUUUUUAAGCUAAAUUUUUUUUUAUCCCAUAGAUAUAAAGAAAAAUGAUAGUGGAUUCUAGUGUCUAGUUUUACCUUAAAAAAUGAAGACUUUAGAUAUGGUGAUAUAUAUAUAUAUAUAUAUAUAUAUAUAUAUAUAUAUAUAUAUAUAUAUAUAUAUAUAUAUAUAUAUAUAUAUAUAUAUAUAUAUAUAUAUAUAUAUAUAUAUAUAUAUAUAUAUAUAUGGAAAUAAGAGGGGUAGUCAUAGGUUUAUGACAUACAUAUUUUUGUAAUCUAUGUAGAAUCAAAUAGUUGAAUGUUCUUAGCAAUAUUAAACUUAUCUUUUGUGUUAUUUAAUUGGCAUAUAUUGAUCUUAGUUUAUCAUGUAAUUGUUUUUUUAUAUAUUCAUAUACAUAUUAUGUAAAAACAUCAAACUUAUUUCUUUACAUUUUAUUUUUUUAGAAAUACAAAAUCAGACUUUAUUCUUCAAGCACCAGGCAGACCUUUUUGUAUCAGAUGCAUUUUUUUUCUGUUCUAACUAUAAGUCCUUGGUAAUUCUUACCUUAGUAAAUUUGAGAUUUGAUUAUAAACUUUUAUUGUCACAAAAACAGUUUUUUAAAAAGUUAGCAAGUUUAUGAGGCGCAACUUGCUUUGAGCUUAGGUAAUUAUUAAAAUUUAAUUUACUCAUAAACUUGGUGAGUAAAAAAUGUGGGGUAAAAAUGUCAGAAAUCACUUAUUUGAAUCUCCUUUCAGAUAAUUUAAUUUUCUAUCCUUCUCUAAAUUAACACACAUCUUAUAAAGAUGUAAAAAAAAACCUGUAGGAAAUUUAAUACCAAACAAUAUCCCCUCUUAACUUACUAAAUUAAAAAAGUAUCUAGAACUAACUUCUUACAUUUGGUUUAUAUCAAUAUUUACAUAUAUGUAUAUAUUGCACUAUAAGAUAUAUACAAUACUUUAUAAAACUGAUAUUAUACAUAGAUUUGUUGCUUAUCUUGUGAUACUUUCAGAUGUACAGAUGUGUAUGCUUAAUUUGACUGUAAGCACAAGUAAAACAAAUAUAUAUUUCCUGUUAAAGCUUU